AUUCUUAUUUAGUAAUUAAAUUUUUGAAUAUACUGUUAAAAUAAAAAGACAUUGUUAAUUCAAUUCUGACUAAUGCACAACCCUGAACUUGUGGCAUGGUUAAAGUUAGUAAAGCUGUUAACGUAUUGUUUAUUUAGGUUUAUUAUUAUUAUUGUAACAAUAUAGUGGGCUGGCACAGACAUCUGAAGGUAAUUCUAUCAGCCUCUUGAGUACUGACGUUUGUAACCAUCACAGUAAUGCAAGAAUGCACAAUAGGCUUACAGGGCCUUUUUUUCUGGCCUAAUAUGUCCAUGUACUUAUCCUAGUUUAUCCAAAGUAUUUUUGCUGACCAAAUCAGUUUUAUCAUUGUGAGGAAGAACACUGACUGCGUCGGGUUUACAAUUGGCCCUGUCUCUGAGUACUAUUAAACUAUCUUGUGGUUUCCCAGCCGAUGGUAGGUUAGUGUUACUGAGUCUUUGCAUGGCUGGGCCAGUAUUAACACAGUUUCCCCCGCCACAGUCUGUCUCUGUCCAUUCAGUGGUUUUAUUAAUGAUGCCAGUCUGUCUCAAACAGAGACACUUUUUACUUCUUAACCUCAGGAGUAAACAUUUCCUGUCACGUUUUCUACUACUUACUCAUUUUGCCAAGAUUUUUUUAUAUAACAGGUCUGUUAGUAUGUAGGCUGAGCCACAAUAUUAAGUAACCUCUUUUUUAAGCUUAUUGUGUCCUGAAAACAUUUCACAUCUGCUUCGAUGAGGCUCAAACUCCUUUUUUGCCCCCUAUUUGGCACUAGGUUAUUGGCAGCAGCCGUAUAACUUCUGAGAAAUCAGAACUUCUUAUUCUCUACACAUGAGGCCCUUAAAGAGGAAACCGAGUGAAGACUGAAUUGUCCUUCUGAGUACAAAGUGUCUUGUGUUUAGAAAAUAUGUGUGGAUGUGGCAGCUGAGGUUUGAGGUUUACUCGCUGCGGAAUUGAAUUUCACUCACUCAGUUUUAAUGACCACAUGUCCUCUUUUAUCAUGAGAGCAUCCAAAAUUUGUGCUGCUGUUUAUAGCAAGUCACCUGCUAUUUUAAAGGGUCUUCUUCACACAUUUCAGCAGUUUGUAUUAAAUUAAACUUUAGUGGUGCCCUGAUGCACAUCAAGUGUUUUGGCUGAAAGCCAAGGUGGAUCUCUGGCACUCAUUCAAAGUGUCUAAUUACACAUUUCAAGAAUGCAUUAAUCCUUCCUGUUGCCUUUACCUUUUCACCCUUGUUGUGUUCUGUGCGUGUCGAGGAAAUGUUUUCAUUUGCUGUUUGUUGUGUACAUAGACUUAGUCAUAAGACUGGAAGGGAUAGAGUGAUCCUUCUCCCUCUCUGAAAUGACACUCCAGAAGCAAGUCAGCUAGCUUCCUGUUUCUGUAUAAACACAGAUGAAAACGCUCAGCAUUCUGCAGUUUUCCUUACUAUUAAAUCAGCUUCAGUGAAAUAUAGCAUGAUUAAGACAGCCAUAAAGAAAAACAUUUCUGCGUCAUAAAAAUUAGAUUCACUAAACGACAUAGCACUUAACUAGAGGGCUGCUCGAUUAUGGCAGAAAUCAUAAUCACGAUUAUUUUGGUCAAUAUUGACAUCAUGAUUAUUAUUGGUGGGUGAUAUAAUCAAAGUCUUAUUGUGUAAUUUUAGAAUUUUAGAUUUCACAAUUUUCGAUACUUCAGCAAAAACUAAUACUAGGUUGAAGGAUGUAUAAUGUCUUUCUGGGCCUUGAAAGGUACAUUGUCAUUGCCGCCAAUGUGUGGUUCAGAAACCUCUCGGAUUUAAUCAAAAAUAUCUUAAUUUGUGUUCCGAAGAUGAACAAAGGUCUUAGGGGUUUGGAAUGACAUGAGGGUGAGUAAUAAAUGACAGAAAUUUCAUUUUUAGGUGAACUAACCCUUAAACUAAUGUAAGUAAAAUGUCCUCAAAAUAGUUACAGAAGACAAGUAAACAGUCAGCAAUACAAUAAGAACAAAGAAAAGAAUAACAAACACAACCGACAAAUAAAUACAACAGAACAAAAAUACUAAUUAAAUAAACUUAGGUUUUCAGGAAGAUGUACUAACAGUGGUAUUCAGAUAAGUAAUGGCCUACAACAGAAACUGAAUAUAGUAAUCAAGUGUAAAAUAGCACUGCUGUAUACAUUAAACAGACUAAUCCUCAUUACAACAAAAGUUAUUCAUUCAAGAACAGCAAAUUAAUUUUUCUUUGUCCUUUGUUGUGAUUAAAAUAAAUUACAGGCAGUAGGUUUAUGCAGCUGCUGUCACUUUAAGAGCUGCAUGGAUCCAAUAUACUACACAUGCCUUUCCUUUCUCAACAGUUUACAUUCACUAAAGACAUAGCCGACUGUGUUUAUAAGGAUACUCGCUAAACUGCAUUUCGGUAUUUUUGUGUGUAGGCUAUUUGACCGUUUAGGCAUGAAUCCGAAGCCCACAGUAUACUUUGCUUAUGCGUUUUCCACCCCUUCUCGGAGCACACGCACAGAAAGCCACCUGGGGAACAGUAUCUCUUUCAUGGCUUAAUGUCCUUUUAAUAACACUGUUUAAUAUCAAGCACGUCCUGCAGUUUAGCAACAGUUUGUCCAAAAGGGCUGCGAGAUGCAUGUAGAUUGUGGCCUUCAAAAGUGACUUUGUUCUCAUUUAGGUAACUUUCAUGUUACAUUACGUGUGGUUAAAGCGUUUUCACCGUAUCUGGGUUGCAGCUGAUGACAUUUGACCUACCAUCUUAUAAGCAUAAUGGCCUCAGUCUGGUGUUCUAUUUUGGGGUUUAGUGUGUUUCAUUGCCCUGUUCCAAUUUCUCUGCCACUUUUACAGGCAAAGUUUAAUGCUUCUCUUUAGUACUUUAGUGAGGGCGACCGCUGAGCUGAGUUGAGUAUGUAGCCAAGCCCAAAAGAUUAGACAUAUUGUCCCACUUUUUGUUGCUCUCACCAUUGUUGGUAGUUGUUCUGUUUUAAAUCUGAUUAUGUGUCCUCAGCUUGAGAAUGUAGCAAAUAACCAGCCUUUUUUUUUUCUCAUUUUCCCCCUCUCUUUUCAUGUAGCUAGGCAUAACAUUAUAUGUAUAUUUACAGCUAUUUGUUGGUAAAGUUGUAUGACAGUUUAAAGUGAUAGUGAAUGGCUAAUCUGAGGUUCAUCUUAUACAAAGUUAAAUCUAUAAGUAAAACUCAUCUAUCACAAACAUAGCUGAUGAAUAAAUAAUGACAGUAUUGAUAUUGUCAAUGUCAAUGAUACUAAUGUUAAAAGUGUUCAAGCAACCUACUGUUGCUAUGGUUACUUUCUCAGGCAUGCGCCAUUCCUGUUGUUUAUGGACAUCUUUUGGCAAGCUGCUACUUAAAGGGAUAAUUCACCCAAAAAUGAAAAUUCUGCCAUCAUUUACUCACCCUCAAGUUGUUCCAGACCUGUAUGAAUUUCUUUCUUCUGCUGAACACAAAUAUCAGUAACCAGUAUGUUUUUCCCUCAUACUAUGGAUUACCCAUAUUCUUCAAAAUAUCUUUUUUUUGUGUUCAGGAAAAGAAGAAGAAAAAAUGCUCUUUAUUUUACAGUACAUGCAUUUAGGUGUACUUAAUGUGUACUUACCAAAGAAAGUACUGGGUAAUAUAAGGUAACUACAUGGGUUAAGGUUAGGUUUAUGGGUAGGGUCAGGGUUAGUACCUAGUUGUUUCCCAGUUAUUGCAAUUAGUAGUAUGUACAUGGGGAACAGGACUGUAUAAUAAAGUGUUACCAAACGUUUGGAACAACUUGAGCGUGAGUAAAUUGAUGACAGAAUUUUAUUUUUGGGUGAACUAUUCCUUCAAUGUAUGCUUGCUUGUUACAAAAACAUUUGAAAACCUUGAUGAAACGUAUAUGUUUUUAUGUAAAGAGAAUAUUAACUUUUUGAAGUCGUGUUAGCUUUAAAUGAGGAGGGUAAUUCAGAGCCCCACCACCAAACUGCGCACUCUGCCUGAGGUGUCUUUUCGAUGUAAGGAAUGUUGAAACUGAUUUAGAGUGUUCCGUUUUUAGAGCUGUGAAAGGUUGUUUGAAAGUGGUACGUUUAAAAUGAGUAAUAGGUCCUUGACAACCACACGAUUAUUGUAAAUCUCUGUCAUUGUGCCGUGUUUAACCCGCUGCCCUCAGUGACGUCGUAUUCGCUCGUCAAGCUCGUGCGCGGAGCUCGUGUGGGCGGGACUGGCACUAGUGAAAAGAAAUGGACCCGCGCGCUGGCUUCAGCCUCCAGCCUGCAAUCUGACAGCUUCAACUCACUGCCGUCUGUUUUCUUUGAGAACUCGUCUACUUUGACACACGUGAAGGAAUUGUUCUUUGCAUUCGGGAACAACUUUCUUUGCUUUUUGUAUUGUGAAAAGUGCUUAAAUUGUAGUGUGUUGGUCAGCGCGCGAUGCUUUUUAUUCGUCCCCAAUGCUGCCUCGCACCGCUGUAGAGGUCGUUUCCUGAUCAAGUUGCUUACCUGAAUGACUUGAUUAAAAAAGGACACUGGAAUAUUUCUUAAAAUUGGUGUUUAUACACCAUAGAAGGAUUUGAUAAUGCCCAUCAUGCGACAUUCGUACACAGUUACAAUACCAGAGGAGCCACCUGCGACUGCGUUCCCACUUCUAAGGCAGGACAUGCGGAGGAAAAACUCUUUGUCCGGCUCCAUGCUGGUCUCUACAUUCGUUGGGCUUCUGAUUAAUCACGCCAAGAACUCAAAGAGUGCCCAGGGCCUGGUGGGGCUUCGUAAUCUGGGAAAUACGUGUUUUAUGAACUCCAUCCUCCAGUGUCUUAGCAACACACAGAGCCUGCGAGACUACUGUCUUCACAACUCCCACCGCCGAGACCUCAACAACAACAGCCGCACAAACACUGCUCUAAUGGAAGAGUUUGCCAAGCUGAUCCAGACAAUGUGGACUUCUUCAAGCAGUGAAGCCGUCAGCCCCUCUGAGUUCAAAACACAGAUUCAGAGAUACGCCCCCAGAUUUGUAGGCUACAAUCAACAGGAUGCUCAGGAGUUUCUACGUUUCCUGCUAGACGGGCUGCACAAUGAAGUGAACAGGGUCACUGUUCGGCCUCGGGGAAACAUAGAAGACUUUGAUCACUUGUCUGAUGAGGAAAAAGGGAAAAAGAUGUGGGCUAAGUACUUAGAGAGAGAAGACAGCAAAAUUGUAGAUCUGUUCGUAGGCCAGCUGAAGAGCUCUUUGACCUGCAGUGAAUGUGGCUAUUGUUCUACUGUGUUCGAUCCCUUCUGGGAUCUUUCCUUACCUAUCUCCAAGAAGGGCUAUGGAGAAGUGAGCCUAAUGGACUGCAUGAGGCUCUUUACUAAAGAAGACGUGCUGGAUGGGGACGAGAAGCCGACAUGUUACAGAUGCAAAGCCAGGAGACGAUGUACAAAGAAAUUUACAGUUCAGAAGUUUCCUAAAAUAUUAGUUCUUCAUCUGAAGCGCUUCUCAGAAGCCCGCAUCAGAACCAGCAAACUGUCUACUUUUGUCAACUUCCCCAUGAAAGAUCUGGACCUCAGGGAGUUCGCCUCUGACAGAAGCAGUAGUGCCGUGUAUAACUUGUAUGCAGUGUCCAAUCACUCAGGCACGACUAUGGGAGGCCACUACACAGCGUACUGUUGCAAUCCUGAAAACGGGGAAUGGUACACAUAUAACGACUCCAGAGUCACGCCAAUGUCAACCAGCCAAGUUCGCAGUAGUGACGCCUAUGUGUUGUUCUACGAGCGAGCUGGACUCUGAGGACAGACUGUGCACAGAGAUAAAGUGCAGGACUCAAGCCCCUUGGGCUGAAGACACAUUACACACAAUGCUGCUUCCUCUGGCCCAUAAUGCAGAAUGAACAUUGCUCUCUGCUGGCCAUCGGGAGAAGUGCUCACAAUGCCCUUUCACACUCCACCACUGUGUUAAAGAGGUCCUCACGCCUCUGUGUGUUUGUGUGCGAGUGUCAGGGUGGCUCUUCGUCAGGCAAUAACCCAAGUGGCUCCGACUCAGACGUCUCUCUAUGCACUGCAACCAAACUCUCAUCCCGACGCGCCUUCCUCUUCAUCAACAACGCCUCGAUAUUAAAAACUUUGUUUUACUUGAUCUUUGUUUUUUGGAUUUUCUUCAUGCUUUUUUUAAGUAUUUGUCCACCCUGUUAACCUGGGACAUAAACCGGAUUGAGACGCCCCCUAGCGGGCUGCUGAGGAGUUGCAAAAGUGCACUGUUCAGGCCUGUUCCGGUGUACCUUGUUCUUUUCAUCACCUCUUCUGUUCACCCCCACCCAUCAUCUUUUCUGUGUAUGCUUUGUUCUCUCCUCCACUCUCUCUUUCUUCUCAACUUCCUGAAGGAGUCACGGGAGUUUGUUGUGAAAGUCUGCGGUGGUGAGAGAACGGCGUGUGCCGUGACUUUUAUUCAGUGUGGCUGCUACUGAUCUUUGAAAUGCUGUGAAUGGAAAUGUGGUCGGAAGGAUAAGAGGAUGGGAGGAGAAAUGAUGCUGACAGUAUAUGGAUCCUUGAUCUCAUGCCAUUUGAACAACAUGGAAAGAAUGUUUUGCAAAAGAAAAUCUGUAUAUUUUUAUAAAUGAUGCAAUAUAGAGAAUGUACUAUAUACAGUGGUGCUGAAAAUGACCCAUUACUGUUGUCAGUUAAUUUAACAGAGGUAAGAGAACAGCAUCUAUUUAUGCUUACAGGUCAGGAAAUAAUGUGAUACGAGUCACACUGUGGCAGUCAAAGUAUAAAUAUAUAUAAAUAUAUGUAUGUAUGAAUAAAUUUUAGAAGAAUGAACUGUUA